GGCCGUCAUAGUUAAGAACCUAUUCUUAUUUACAGACUUGCCUAGUUAAAUAAAGAUUACAUAAAAAAAAUGUGUGUUCAGGAAUGUAUUUGUUCUCCAGUCCCUUUAAUCUGACGCUAUUUUGAAUACAGUAGCGGCAGAUGUCGUCGCACAUAGGCUGGAUCACAUGGUUACGUAUAGUGUGUGACGUAGUAGGUUAUUGGAUAGAAGAGGAAGAGAAGAUGUCUACUGCCAUCCUAAUAUAGCAGAAAAUAAAAACAUCGACCCAAUUCAUUCUACACAUCAUUUAGCGGUCUAGGCUACAACCACUGCAUGGUAUUGUUGCAUAACGGUCUCAAUGGCUGUGGCAAAUGCGAAACAAACGGUCCUAAAUCCGGUGAUUCCAUUCACUGGGGCCAUACCUGGGGGCCUACACCCUGGGGAGAUAGUCCUUAUCCAGGGCACUGUUCACAAUGAUGCUGACAGGUUCCAGAUGGACCUAUCCUGUGGCACCAGCACUAAACCUCGUGCGGACAUCGCCCUCCACUUCAACCCCCGUUUUAAGGGCUCCCUGUGCGUUGUUUGUAACUCUCUGGUGCAGGAGAGUUGGGGCAGGGAGGAGACCCUUCAGCAGCUGCCCUACAGACAGGGAGCAGCCUUCGAGACGAUCAUCCUGGUCCAUGAUGAUGUCUUUAAGGUGGCAGUAAAUGGUUCUCAUUUGUUUGAAUACAAGCACAGAAUCCCACUGGACAGGAUUGACACAUUUUCUAUAUCUGGGAAAGUCAAGGUGCGCGCCAUUGGCUUCAUACCAAACUCAGCAAUAUACUCAAUCUCAGGUGAAUCAGGUGACCUGAGUCUCCCUUACAAAGGCAGUCUACUGAAAGGGGUGAGUCCAGGACAGCACAUCACAAUCAAGGGACAGGUCAGCAUGUACCCACACAGUUUCACUGUGAACCUCCGCAACAACGGCAGUGAGAACAUCGCUCUGCACCUGAACCCCCGGAUGAAGUCGGCCAUGUUCAUCAGGAACUCCUACCUUAGUGAGUCCUGGGGACCAGAGGAGAGGGAGCUUCCCGUCUUCCCCUUCUCGCCUGGGGAGUACUUUGAGAUGCUGAUCCUCUGCCAGCCCCACCAGUUCAAGCUGGCGGUGAAUGGCUCUCACCUGCUGGACUACAGGCACCGGGUGCAGGACCUGAGUACCAUCAACCAGCUGGAGAUCAUGGGAGACCUGGAGCUGAUGGACAUCAAGCUGUGGUGACCCAUGACAGAGGCAAGCUAGGCCCCGAUGGGCUAAGCCCUAUUCUGGACGACAGGCCCGUUCACAACUCCCCCACCCUGGGCAGUGAGCAGUGCUUGAGCCAGCUGGUGUUGGACUGGCCUGAUUAUGGGCUCCAAUGUCUGAGCCAUGAGGUUUACAGCUGAGGUAGCCUUGGAUCUGUUCAAGUGGAUCCACAGAAUUUGACAGUCAUACUUGUAUGCACUAUCUGGUGCAAGGGAGGCUGGUAUAAUGUGUAAUGACAGGAUUAUUAUAGAACCAGCCUCAUUUACACCUUGCGCUAACCUGUGGGUUUUGUGAUCUGAUCAAUAUGAUCCAAUCAAGGUUUGUUGCAUCUACAUAGUAUUAAUAUGUAUCUUAUCCAUCCGCAUUGUGACUGGAUUUCCUAGUCCCUCCCUUACAUUUGAAAGAAUUUAUUUAUUUUAAGACAAUUAUUAAUGCUACCUGUCAAUGAUUUAGAGGCUGAUAUGAUGAUUUAAAUGGUUUGACCCUCCAGAUCUGUUUACAAUUGGUUGUCUGACUACCUCUGGAGGUGGUCAGGAAGAUAUGACCACAAUGUCUUUUAAUCCACUACACCCGUCUAAAAAUGUGGGCACAAUCAAGACAAAGGUCGCAUGUUAGCACCAGGUAUAAACUCAUUGGAAGGCCAUAAAAUGUACAUUGACAGUUACCGUGAUUUGGAAGAGCUCGACUAAAAUAUCUCUUGGAGCUGCACUAUUUUUCAUCAUUCUAAAAUUAAAUACUUAACCCUAAUCACUAAAAUAAUCCAUUCUCAUUCAUCCAUCUCAGGUUCUUCAGUGCUGAAACAAAUUAUAGGAUGGUUACAGGUGCUGCUUGACAACUCAGGAAUAUGAAAAUCCUGAAUAUAUUUAAUGUUCUGUACCUGAGGGAACAUGUGUGGCUAUUUAUUUACCCUAUGUAGGAUUUGUUCUUCAAAUAUAAUCCAAUAGCUGGUUUUAAGAUCAUACAUUAAAGGCAAUAUGGCCUGAAAUGUUGUCACAAGGUCAAACUCUUUCAUGUGAAAUGGCCAAAUCUAGUUGACUAAGCUCACCCACCAUAUGACCUAGGGCUGGCUUCAAUCCGUGUAUUCGAAGACCAGCAUUAUUGCUUGAUUGAAAUGUAAAGGCAACAUUCGGAGGCUGCAUUGGAAAUUACCUUCGCAUUUUAACGCGGCUCUUCCGCGAUAGAGAUUAAAUCCAGCCCCUAGUCUAGUGCACUUCAAUCCAAGCACAACUACAAUACAGGGUCAAACCAAUUGCACUGGUUGGUGAUGGUUCAAUGAAAACAAGGGCUGGAUGCAAUCCGUAUUGCGGAAGAUCCGCUUUAAAAUGUAAAGGUAAUUUCCUAUUGAGCUGACAUAUGCAGCGUUUACCGUGAAUGCAGUCAACGAACGCGAGAACAUUGCCUUUAAAUUUAAAAUCGAGCUAUAACGUGGAUCUUCCGCGAUACGGAUUGAAUCCAGCCCUAAGUUUGUGCUAAUCAAUGUUAUGUAUGACUGCAUGGCCACUCUUUUCUUGCUUGGCCAAAAAUCCAGCGCUAUAGCACGCUUAAAAUGUAAAGGUAAUUUCCGAUUGAGCAGACAUGCGUUAACCGUGAAUGCAGUCUCCACAAACGUGGGAACAUUGCAAGUUCUUUCAGUCAAGCAUUUUCAGCCUUAAUAUUUAUUUAAUUCUGUUGAUGUCAUGUGUAGUGAUUCCUUCUGCUGUAUCCUACUGUAUGUAAUGUCUUAAAUAGUUAAUCUGCUUUUAAAUAAAUGUAUGAUGAUUGGGAUCAUUUUAAUUUUCUAAUCCAUCCAGCAGGUCCUCAAUUACCUGUGAUAUCUAUGCACAUGUAUCACCGCUACAGAGGUGCAUUUCUCCUCUUCAACCAGCCAGAUGGGGCUAUAAGUUAAGCGGUACAAACAGCGGUCGACUGGCCCAUUUUUCAAAAUUAAAACAUGCAGCGGAAAAGGCCUUACUAUAAGCAGAGACAUCGCUCCUUUCCCAUCCAAAAGACGGCAGAUACGCAGGAAAAUGUAAUCAAGGUUUGAAAUGAUUGUUUUUGUCAGAUAUAUCUGUUUAGGCCUCUUAAGGUCAAAUUAUAUUUGUAUUAUCUUCCGGCCCCCUGACCAUCCGAUCAAGGAGAAAUUGGUGUAAGAUGAUGCUUUCCCGAUGAGCAGUGGUUUCCUAUGGAGUUUGCUACAUAAAAAGAGAAUCCAUGUGGCUUGAAGAAAUGCAAUUCCGUCUGAAGUAAGCCUAGCCCAUACAAGUCUCUUCUUGACUGUCUCCUGGUGACAGAGGGCCCUUGUUUUCCACUCUCUCUCUGAUGCUGUGGUUGGAGGUCCUGAGGCCUUAGACCCCUGAUGAAUGGACCAUUACAUGACCUUAGACCAGCCUAGAGCAGGACUCACCCUCAAUACAUCAUGUAGAAUCAUUUUAAACUGUUGAAUCGUUUGUUAUUCUCAUUUAGCUACACUUACCAAAGGCACUCGGCACAAGGCUACCAUUAAAUACCUACUGAAGGAUGUGUGACGUCAGAGGUGAUAACACAUGACUUUCAACUGGUCACCUUGAGGUUUGGCUUCAACAGAUAGAAUCUAGUUCCUUAAAAAUAUGUGAUUUUAUUAAUAUAUCUUGAGGAAAAGAAAUUACCUUGGUAUGGCACAAUAAUACAGAAUCUUAACAUGUAACUUAAAAAAACGUGAAUUAA